UGUGACGUAAGGUGGUUGAAGGCCGAGGUAGUUUGUGUAGGUGAGUUGUGGAAUGGAAAUGUGAAAUGCUAGGCCAUGCAUAUGCAACAGAAAAUACUAAUUAUUUUCGUUUAUUAGUUAGGAGGAAAGAUGAAGUGAAAAUGAGUUGUGCUUUAAAAAAUGUCUGUGGACUUGCUGCACUGCUCUCCGCUUGAUGUAAGGGGGAAGAGCGAUGGAUAAUCUAAGGAUGGACCUCCAUCCCUACAGUUGACUCACAUGCACUCUACUGGAUGAAUUUCCAUUUUUAUGAAAAUCAACAUGGAUAUUUGGCUGUACAUGGUCACAUGGAAUGUAGCCACUCGCCAUCCUGAAGAGGAUCUUGCAGAAAUGCUUGGUUUUGGAACUUCAGGAAAACACAAAGUCCAAGAAAGACUGCCUGACAUUUUUGCUAUAGGACUACAAGAAGUGAAGUCACAGCCGCAGAACAUCUUGAUGGAUGCAAUAUUUGAUGAUCCAUGGACCAAUGCAUACAGGGAUGUCCUGGCAAGGUGGGACUAUGUGAAGGUGAAGACCAUUCGACUACAAGGCUUGCUGCUGAGUUUGUUCUGUUUGAGGAAACAUUUACUCCAUCUGCGUGAUAUAGAGACACAGUAUACAAGAACAGGGCUCGGCGGUAUGUGGGGAAACAAGGGAGCAGUGACCAUUCGACUGAGUAUAUAUGGCUGCUCAGUAUGCCUCGUGAACUGCCACCUCACCCCACAUGAUCACCUGCUGCAGGAACGUAUAGCGGAUUACAACAACAUUAUUAAGAGCCAGCUGUUUCGUGCCAAGGAGACCAGCAACAUCUUUUUCCACGACUAUGUGUUCUGGAUAGGUGACAUGAACUUUCGACUUGUGGAUGGCUAUAGUGCUGAGGAAAUAGACCAUCUUAUUAGGAAGGGAGAAUUGAUGAGGUUACUGGAUAAAGAUCAGCUUUUGCAAGUGAUGUCAAGUGGUGAAGCAUUCAGUGAAUUGUCCGAGCAACUGCCUACAUUCCCUCCCACCUACAAGUUUGAAUUCCAUUCCUCAAGAUAUGAUCUCAAACGCCGUCCUUCGUGGACUGAUCGAAUUCUGUACAAAGUGAAUGCUAAUGUAUAUGAGAACUUGACACUACAAGCAGAGCAAGUAUCUUACAGAAGUGUGGAGGAAUAUGUUCAGAGUGACCACAAACCUGUUAUUGGGGAAUUCAUAAUCAAGGUUUUCAGUGAUUACUAUGAGCGUGUUGUUGAGUUCCUGCCUUUUGAGCUGUGGUAUGUAGACGAAGAGAAUUCGGCCUCAUAUACACUUUCUGGAGAUGUACAGCCAACCUUGUGGGACUGGAUUGGUGUUUUUAAGGAUGGAUUCACUAGUCUGGAUGACUAUCUCUGCUAUGUAUAUGCUGCCAGGAGCACUGUCAGUGGGAACAGCAACUGUAGGGUGAAGAAAGUGGAUUUCCCAGACACAGCUGUGAGAGAAGUUGGACCUUACCGCCUCUUGUAUUUUAGCCACAAUUCAGGGAGCGUGUUGGGAAUGAGUGAAGCAUUCGAGGUGUGCCGUCGUGACAACGGUCAACUAACACAGUUCGUAUGCAGGGAUAGCUACUGAGAACCAUGUCAGUAGAGUCACUUUUUAUAAUAUGGUGCUGAAUUAUUACA